UCCUUUGAGAAGUCAGGUGUUAUGAUGGGUCUGCCUUUAUAAGUCACUUGGCCCUUUUCUUUUGCUGCUCUUAAUAUACUUUCUUUAUUCUGUAUGUUUAGUGGUUUAAUUAUGUCACGAGGGGACUUUUUGUGUGUGUGGGGGUCUAGUCUAUUUGGUGUUCUAAAAGCUUUUUGUAUCUUCCUAGGUAUUUUCUUCUUUAAGUUGGUAAAGUUUUUUUCUAUGAUUUUGUUGAACAUAUUUUCUGUGCCUUUGAGUUGGUAUUCUUCUCCUUUCUUCUAUCCCUAUUAUUCUUAGGUUGGGCCUUUUCAUGGUGUCCCAGAUUUCCUGGAUGUUUUGUGUUAUGGCUUCUUGGCUUUAGUGUUUUCUUUGACUGACAAAUCUAUUUUCUCUAUUGUAUCCUCUAUGCCAGAGAUUUUCUCUUCCAUCUCUUGUAGUCUGUUGGUUAUGCUUGCAUCUGUAGUUUCUGUUCAUUUACUCAGAUUUUCUAUUUCUGGCAUUCCCUUGCUUUGUGUUUUUUUCAUUGUUUCUAUUUCAAUUUUCAGGUCUUGAACUGUUUCCUUCACCCGUUUAAUUGCUUUUUCUUGACUUUCUUCAAGGGAUUUGUUGAUUUUUUUCCAAUUUUUUGUUUGUCUUUUCCUUAAUUUAUUUAAGGGAAUUUUUCAUUUCCUCUUUAAAGACCUCUAUCAUCAUCAUAAAUUUGUUUUUAGGGGCACUUUCUUCUGCUUCUUCUAUGUUGUGAUGUUUAGGUUUUGCUGUUGUAGAAAUGCUAGGUUCUCAUGGUGCCAUAUUGCUCUUUAUGUUAUUGUAUGCAUUUUUGUACUGGUGUCUACCAAUGUCUUCCUCCAAUAGGUGCAAGAGGUGUCUGUGUCUGAGGGAGCUGCUCUUGGUCCAAUCUGUGUUUGCUAUGUCUGUGUCUCAGGGGGCCACUUUUGGUCCAAUCAUAGCUCUUGGUCUAAUUGAAGCUGGUAGAUUCUGUGUUUUAGGGAGCUGCUCUUGGUCCAAUCAGAGCUGUUGGAUUCUGUAUCUCAGAAAGAUGCUGAGGUCACAGGGAGAUGGGUAGGUUUGGGGUAGGGAGUGGGCCUUGCAAACUGCAUGAUCUGAUCGGGGGUGUUGGUGGGGAAGCCUUUCUGCAAGAGUCUUUCCUGCUAUUCUGCAACUGGGACAGUGGUGGAUGGGGGUGGGGUGCACAGGUUGUGCCCCAAAGCCUUGGUCCUGGAGGCAGGACUUUCUGGGUAGGAGAAGAGCCACUCACCUCUUGGUUCAAUCAGAGCUGGUAGAUUCUGUAUCCCAGGAAGCCACUAUGGUUGCAGGAUGAUGGGUGGGUUUGGAGUAAGGAGUGGGUCUUGUAGAUUGCAAGGUCUGACAGGGGUAUUGGUGGGAAAGCCUGCCCACAGGAGUCUUCCCUGCUGGCUGGCAACUGGGGUAGCAAUGGGUGGGGGUUCCAGGGCACAGGUUGUGCCCCAGGGCCUAGCAGCUAUAUCAUUUUCAAUGGUUGCAGAAAUCACAGGUGAACUUCCUAUACAGUUUCCUUCUAAAGUGACUUGGUGAUUAUAUUAGAACUUCUGUGUAAUGGAAUAAGUGUGGAAAGCACCAGAAUUAUAUAACUACAUUGAUAAAGAGAUAACUAAUUUACAGUGCUGUCAGUAUCACAUUUUCUUUUGUUCACAUGUGUGGGAUAUUUUAGAAUGAAGUGACCUAUGAUGAUGUGCAUGUCAACUUCACUUGGGAAGAGUAGACUUUGCUGGAUCCUUCCCAGAAGAGUCUCUACAAAGAUGUGAUGCUGGAGAUUUAUAGGAACCUCACAGAUAUAGGCUACAGUUGUGAAGACCAUAAUAUUGAAGAACAUUGUGGAAGUUCUAGAUUACAUGGAAGGUAUGAAAGAAGUUAUACUGAGGAGAAACUUUCUGAAUAUACUCAUUGUGUUAAAGCCUUUGCAUAUCACGAUCAUCUUCAAAGACAAGAAAGAAUUCCUACUAGAGAUGAUCUCUAUGGUUGUAUUCAAUAUACUGAAGCCUCUGUAUGUCACAAUAAUCUCAGAAUACAUAAAAAACUCAUAUUGGGGAGAAACCAUCCAAAUAUAAUGAGUGUGGUAAAGACUUUGAAUGUUACAGUCAUCUUCAAAUACAUAAAAGAACACAUACUGGAGAGAAACCUUAUGGAUGUAAUCAGUGUGGUAAAACAUUUGCAUAUCAUAGUCAUCUUCAAAUACAUAAAAGAACACAUACAGGAGAGAAACCCUACAAAUGUAAUGAAUGUGAUAAAGCAUUUUCACAACACAGUAGUCUACAAAUACAUAAGAGAACACAUACCAGAGAGAAACCCUACAGAUGUAAUCAAUGUGAUAAAGCCUUUUCACAACACCUUAUUCUCCAAAUACAUAGAAGAAUGCAUACUGGAGAGAAACCCUAUAAAUGUAAUGAAUGUGGUAAAGCCUUUUCACAAUACAGUCAUCUACAAACACAUAAGAGAACACAUACUGGAGAGAAACCUUACAAAUGUAAUCAAUGUGAUAAAGCCUUUUCACAACACAUUAUUCUCCGAAUACAUAAAAGAACACAAGGAGAGAGACCCUAUGAAUGUAAGCAGUGUGGUAAAGCCUUUUCACAACACAGCAAUCUCUGAACACAUAAAAGAACACAUACUGGAGAGAAACCCUAUGAAUGCAAUGAAUGUGGAAAAGCCUUUGCACAUCACACGCAUCUUCAAAUACAUAAAAUGACACAUACUGGAGAGAAACCCUAUAAAUGUUAUCAAUGUGAUAAAACCUUUUCACAGCACAGUAAUCUCUGAAUACAUGAAAGAAUACAUACUGGAGAGAAACCCUAUGAAUGUAAUCAAUGCUCUAAAGCCUUUGCAUGUCAUAGUGGUCUCCAAAUACAUAAAAGAACACAUACUGGAGAGAAACCUUAUGAAUGUAAUCAAUGUGGUAAAGCCUUCACACGUGACUGCAAUCUUCAAAUACAUAUAAGAACGUAUACUGGUGAGAAACCCUAUGAGUGAAGUCAAUGUGGUAAAGCCUUUACAUGUCACAACCAUCUUCAGAUAUAUAAAAGAUCACAUACUAGAGAGAAGCUCUAUGAAUGUAAUCAAUGUGGUAAAGCCUUUGAAAGUCACACUUUUCUUUGAAACUCACAGUCAUCUUCAAAUAUAUAAAAGAAUGCACACUGGAGAGAAACCCUAUGAAUGUAAUCAAUGUGUUAAAGCCUUUGAAAGUCACACUUAUCUUCAAAUAUGUAAAGAAACACAUACUGGAGAGAAACCCUACCAAUGUAAUGAGUGCAAUAAAAUAAAGUCUUUGCACAUCACUGUAAUCUUCAAAUACAAAAAUGAACACAUUGGAGAGAAACCCUACAAAUAUUGGGGCCCGAAGAAAUCUGUCAAUUUGGGCUCCUCAAAAUCUGUCAAGGAGAAGUCAGCUGUCAGUAUGGGCCCUGCAAAAUCUGUCAGUUUGGGCCCUAUGAAAUCUGUCAAGGAUAAUGUAGUUGUCAGUUUGGGCCCUGAGAUAUCUACCAGUUUGGGUUCUGCAAAAUCUGUCAAGGAGAACAUAGCCAUCAGUUUGGACCUGGCAAAAUCUGUCAAGGGGAAUGUAGCUGUCAGUUUGGGCUUCGAGAUAUCUGUCAAGAAGAAUGCAGCUGUCAGUUUGGGCCUCACAGAAUCUGUCAAGGAGAAUGCAUCCUAUCAUUAA